AUGCCAUCGGAAGUAGUGAUUCAUCAUCAGUUCUACAAGGCUUCCAGACGGCUAUGUACCGAAAAGGAAGUAAUUUUCGUAAACAAGAACAUAAUAUCCAAGGAACACGGGAGCGAAUACUUUCAACCUCGACGAUCUCACGUCCACAACUUCGCAUGUCCUUGA